AACGCGUGUGGACAGUUUGGCAUUUUGUGAUGUGAGAUUUUUCAUAAAAGUUUAUAUUAUGGUCGUAAUUAUGAAAAUUACAAAAAAACAUUAAUGCUGUCUACGUAUUGUAUCGGGAAGAAAGGAAUUAUUAUUGAAGCUUCAUUUGUAAUGUAUGGAAAUCUCAGGAAAGCAUCCCAGCGUCUCUUCAAAUUUGGUUAAGAGAUGAAAAUAAAAAAUGUUGGAAUGCAAAUAAAAACAUUAGAACAUAUGUGAUGUGAAACGUAAAUUAGCGCUAUCGUAAUAAAAAGAAUGAGUUUAGGGACACUGUGUUGACCUGUUGCAAGGUUGAAAGUGGUAAAAGACAUGGUUAGUGUAAAGUGCUAGUUCAGUGCAGUACUUAUGGAUGUAGGAUAUACUAGAAAAGAUCUGUAACUCCGAGAUGAUUAAAGAAAAGCACGAAAAGGGCUCGGAUAGCGCUAAGGAUGAUUCGGUCAGCGCAGAUAAAGAGAGUAAUAAUAGCGAAGUUCGAAUAAAAAAGGAGGAUGAUGUGAUUAAGAAGGAACCCACAACUGGAUCUAUUACUAAGAAUGGAGGCCUUGUGGGGUCAACUAAUACAGGCUCUCUGCAAUCUACACCUGAUCUCAAGUCAGAAGCUCCUAAUGAUGAUUCUAAAGCAGUGUCUGAAUCUACCACAUUGCCUCUAUUAAAACAAGAAGAAGAAACUGAUGCCUUAUCUGACCCCUUUGGUUUGGGCUUAGGUCCAACAGGUCCUGGGACUGGAAACACAGGACAUCCAACUCAAUCUCAACCAGAAAGUGUGCAGCCAUUGGGUAGCAAUGUUAUAAACAAACAGUCCAGUUCUAUGGAAGUGCAGUAUAUGCAACAACAAAGCCAAAUAUUUGUUUUUUCAACAGUGUUAGCGAAUUCUGGAGCCGAUGAAGUUCUUCAGGGACAUUACCCAUCAAUCAUUGCUUAUCAUUGUGCACAACCUGGUACUAAAAAAUAUUUGGAGAAAAACCCUUUGAAGGUAACACAGUUUAAUCGGCAGCAUCCAGCUCAGUGGCUUAAUAAUUUAGCCAUGAUGAAAAAUAAGGGUUGUACAAGGAGUCCCGGAUUAGGUUCUAAGCCCCCUCCCAGUAUAGAUAAUUUCUUAGAUCCAGAAGGAUUAGAAGAUAUGGUUGGUUUGGGUGACAGUGAUGCACCUUGGGACCAGAAAAAUAAUCAUCAUUUAGAAGGACUGGAGGGGGCUGUAACUAACGGUUUACCUGACAUGGGCCCAGAUAUGGACUCAUGUAGUCCUUCUUUAUUAAAUGUUCAGCCCAAAUUACAGGGUGUUCAAGUGCCUGAUGAAAACUUAACUCCUCAGCAAAGGCAGCACAGAGAAGAGCGUUUGGCGUCUAUUAGAAAAAUGCAUCAGUUGCUGUUUCCCGAAAGUCAGAGUAAUGAGACCACUGGAGGUCCUCCUGAUGGACUAUCAGCCAUCCCUCCUGGAGGUGCAACACCAUUGGGGGGUCCAGUCUCUAAUGUUGCGCCGCCCACCCAACCACCUGGUCCUCGUCUACAGGGUCCCCCUCCACCAUAUCACCAAACACGUUCAGCUAGUGUUCCUAUAGCUCUUCAAAGUCCUAAUCCAACAUCUCCUAAUAAUCCCACAUCAAAUUUGUCUUUGCCUUCACCCAGAGCAUCGUCAGCUCUAAAUUCCCCAGCUGAUCCAAACAGGCCUUUUGGAAGUCUUUCAAGGCAUAUGAGCACUGGACAGAGUCCAACAUCACAAGAUUCUCCAUCGGCACCUCGACUGAAUCAAAGCAAGCCUAGUACUCCCCUUUCAUCACAUCUAUCUCCUAGUGUCACAAGCAGUAGUACAGAGCCUUCAUCAACUCAUCAGUCCACAGUGGAUGGAAUGUUUGGCAGAACGCUUCAAUCUAUGGCACAGCAGAAGCAGCAAAUGAGUACAUCCACAACAUCUUCCUGUCCCACUCUCUCAGCAACAGGCAUAGGUAAGGAACCAAAUCUUAUGCCAGUACCAUCACCCCAGCAAAUCCAAUAUCUCAAUACAUUUGAAGGUCAAGAACUAAUUAUUCAGAAACAGCCAAAUACUAGUUUAAAAGAGGGCAACAUUAUCUCGCCUCCGGUGCUCCCUACCAGUUUGGAUGGUGGAUCUUCCGGCACUCCUGAUCUUCCACAUACAAUGGACAUGCCAAGGUUUCCUGGUCCUAAUGCUUCCCCUGGUUCUCAAACAAAAUUGGGAAGUAAUUUUGGAGUGAAUGUGUCACCUCAAGGAAAGCCUAGCCCGUUAGAUUUACCUGGGUAUAGCUGUGGUGGUGGAAGAAACGAUAAUGUUCCGCUUAAUCCUAAUUGUACUAGUUCCAUGGGCGGCAAUCCGAAACAAUCUCAUUUCGAUCCCAUUUCAUCGCUAGCGCAGAUGAGCCAACAAUUAACGAACAGUGUGGCUAGCAGCCUAAAUGGCCAAUCUGGACAAGGUCCACCCAUGAUGAGCUUUGGCUCACCCUCAAUGCACAUGAUGGAGAUGGGAAGUUGUCAUGGCGGAAUGAGUGAUAUGGAAGGCGGUGGCAUGAUGGGAGUAGGUCCCAUGCAAGGUCCUCCACACGGAUUUCAUCCUGGUCCAUCCAUGGGCCACAUGCGUUCCUUAUCACCCAAGCUAACUAAUGCUUUUCCCAACCACAUGCCAAUGCCUAGAAUGAUGGGCAGGGCACCUGGUCCUGGUCCGAAUCCUUUCAAUGGGGCUAAUGUUCAAGUGAAGCCGAAUGCUCCAAAUACUAUUCAGUACCUGCCAGCAAAAGGACAAGGCGGCGCUGGCCCUGCGGGACCUCGUGGACCCCCUAGCUUGGAAUUCUUAACGCGGCUCGCGUCCCCCAUGAAUAUGAUGGACGGUAAAAUGCAACCUGGCUCUGGUCAGUACUUUCAAGGCUGCGGUCCUGGAGGGGGACCUGGACCUAUGCAGGGCAGUCCUAUGGGUCACCUAGGGCAUUUAGAUGGCGGGCCAGGAAUGGGACAAGAGGCACCAAUGAUGGGACCUAUGGGAGGCCAUAUGGGCAACGGCACUGGAGGGCCCAUGAUGGGUGGACCUGGAGGUAUGGUGAUGGGUCCUGGCGGUCCUGGGCCAGCUGGAAUGAUGUCGAUGAUGCGUGGCGGGCCUGCAGGAUUGAGGCCUAUGCGAGUCCCUCAAAUGAGCUUUGGCCCUGGAGGACCAGGCGCAGAGGGGAUGUUUCCUGGCGGUCCGGGCGCACCGAUGGGUCCCGGACCAGGGAACCCCCAGAUGUUCGUAGCAGGACCCAAGGGUAGUCCUAUGGGCAUGGCGCCUGAUGCCUCGCAGCCGCUACCACCGUCGAUGGGCCAAGGCGGCGGAUUUAAAGGAGCGCCAUUUGUAGGACCUAGUACUUCAGACCCCAACUACGCCCAGCAGUACCAUAACUUCCAGCAGCAGCUGUACGCGACCAACACGCGUAGCCAGAUGGGCGGCGUUGCGCAGAGUAUGGGACCCGGACCUGGACCGCCGCAUAUGCAGCAACCUCCUUAUUUCAACCCUAAAUAGCGGUAUUUGGUGCUGCUAUUUAGGGUUGCAAGAGAGAAUUUCUUAUUUUUGAUAUUACAGUUGUCUAUCUAUUACAAGUCAUUCGGCGUAUGUAUGUGAAGGUACGCUACUUGUUUAUUGUUAUAUUUCAACGCAGAAACAUAUCUGAGACUAGGGUCUAAAUAGUGGAAUUCUCAUUGCAGUUAACGUUUGGAGCUAAACAUAAUAAAACUUAUAAAUAAAAAUUAAUUUAUUAUAUUUCUUUCAGAUUCUGCUUCAUUUCUGCUAUUUGAGAGUUGCAUAUUGCCUCUACUUACAUUAUAAAUUAAAUUAUUUUUUGACCCAUUUCAACUAUUUUUCCUAGUUGAAAUACACCGAUCGGCCGCAGUAGCUCUUUAUAUAAAUACACAGAAUAAGUUGUAAUAGAUAAACAGUGCUAUCAAGUAAUCGGCAAUAAUGAGAACGUGAGAUUGAUUAUUGUAUAUUAAUGUUGUGUACAAAGAGACGCAAGUGCAGUUAAUGCAGUCGCGCGUGCGCAGUUUGCUCGAUACUUAACGCUGUGCUGGAUUUGUAUAUUUGCCAUAAACUAGAAAAAAAGUAGGACAUUUUAAUCUUUAAGUGUUGGACUUGCUUUGUCCUUUUUAUGACGGAGGUUUCACUAUUGCUCAUUAAUUUGUUUCUAUCCAUCUGUUAUUCGUUUUAUUGUACAUUUUAUGAGUAAGCAUUAAUUAAAAUAACAAUAAAAUUCUAUAUUAUA